CGGAAGCAAAGCACACCAGCUCAUUUGCUUCGCCCGUUCGCCGUGCGUGCGUCGUCAACCAAAGACUCGUUUCCUUCUUUGUGCUCCUGUUCGUUCCUUCCUUCCCUGGAACCCUUCCCCCGUAAGCUCGCCGCUGCGCUGCGUUCGGAUGGCAGUUGGAGGCGGCGUGUGUGUGGCGUCGCCCUCGCCGUCGUCGGUCGAGGCGUGGUCGUGGAGGACGAGCGGGGCGCGGCGCCGCGCGGCCGUUAGGUGCAGCGUCGUUGGCGAGGCCGGGCCGGGCGCCGCCGGCGGGCGGGUGGAGGACCCCUACCGGACGCUGCGUCUGCGCCGGGGGGCCACCCGCGGCGAGGUCAAGAAGGCCUUCCGCCGCCUCGCGCUCAUGUACCAUCCGGACGUUCGCAAGGAGAGGGAGAGGGAGAUGGAAUGCGACGGCGACAGCGGCGUCCAGUUCCAGAGGAUUAACGUGGCGUAUCAGAGGCUGAUGAGCAGCAUGAGGGAGGCCGACGAGCGGCUGGAGUACUGGCGCCUCAAGUACGGCCUCGCCGACGAGGAUCUGGACAGGUACAGGCGCCGCCUCAACGAGGAAGACGCCGACGACUGGUUCGACAUGUGAAGAGGAAGCGAAGGAACUGAAAGCAGCCGGUCGAUGGAUAAGGGUCUAUUAUUACAUGGCCCUGUUUAUCCGCAUGGACCCGAUUAAUUCCGGUUGCCAUGGCAGCGGCACCCACUCUAGUUUUUGGCUGCAUGUGUAUAUACUCUGAAUACUUCUCCCCUGUUUUAUAGUGGGUGAAGGGAUACCGUUAGGCUAAAUGGUACGUUUGGUUCAGUCGUGAGUUGUCAAUUGUGAGUUAUCUCUGUAAAAAUAACUGUUGUGAUAAAAAAACUAAAAAUUGUUUGAUUCGAACGGAUGUCAGUUGUACACCAUAAAUAAAUUGUAUAUUAUU